CGACAGAACUCUGCCGUGCUGGUACAAGCUGAUCUAUCAUUUGAUGUAAGCAAAACUGCCCAGCGGGUCAUCACUGAAGCGGUGGAGGUGUGGGGAAGACUUGACGUCUUGGUGAAUAAUGCUUCCCAGUUUUUCCCAACACGCGUUGAUGCAGUAACAGAACAGGAGUGGACAGUCCUAAUCCAAGUUAAUCUAACGUCACCAUUUUUUCUCUCGCAGGUAUAUUGGACAACCAUGUCAAAUAACGUUUUAAACUUCUGAUUUAUCAUUUUCAAGUUAGUUUUUGUAACGAAAUUAAUAUUUUAACUUUUAGGCUGCACAUCCUUUCUUAAGAGAGUCCAGCCGAGGAAGCAUUGUAAACUUGUGCGAUAUCCACGGAGUGCGACCCAAGGCUAAUUACUCAGUCUAUUGUAUCUCCAAAGCAGGCCUCUAUAUGGCUACACUAUCAUUGGUUAAGGAGUUUGAAUCAAAUGUCAGAGUUAACGGUGUUGCUCCCGGGUGCAUCCUCUGGCCUGAGGGACCAUGGGAAAGAAUGUCCGUCGAUGAAAAAGAGAGAGCGAAAAAACAUCAGGAAACUCUGAGGAAAGUUCUGUUUGGACGAAGUGGAGAUCCAGCUGACAUAGCCAACACGGUUUUCUUUUUGUGUGAUUCCGCAGGGUAUAUCACAGGCCAAGUUAUAGCUGUUGACGGAGGCCGAAGCUUACAUCAAUAG